AUGGAAAAAUUAACUAAAACCAUUCCCACAGCCAACAUCAUCAUCAACAACAACAACAUCAACAAGUACAACAUCAGCAACAACAACUACAACGCCAGCAACGACAACAACAACAAAAUCAACGACAACCCACCAAAAACGUCAGACGAACGCAUUACAAGACAAAUUUCCUCAAAAGAAUGGAUUAAAUUAUUUGGACUGGAGAAGAAUAAACUGGACAUGAAGAAUAUUUUGAAGCGUGUUGGAUUUAAACACUGCAGUGAUUUCAACGAAGCCUUGAAGAUGCCGGUAUGUUCGAGAUACGGUACUCGUAUGUUCCGUCGGUAUUUCAACAGGGAUGGGCAGACGUAUAAUCUUGUCCUAUCCCCACAACAACUAACACAAUUCGAAUAUCAAAUACUUGAAUUAAUCGAUUUACUGGAGAACCGACUGCGAUGGUUGAUGUCGGAUAGUCGGAGAACAUUCGGUAUUAUUCUAGAGAAAAGGGUUUGCAUUGUAAUUGACGUUCACGCGUAUGAUGCUGACGUCAUGAGGAGCCAGUUUGAUGUCAUUGUAGCAACUCUUAAGGAGCAAGUUUCCUUAACGAAUGAGUUCAAUGUGUUGAGAGUAUCGCACACAGUUGAAAUGUUCAGCGAAGGUUUCAUAGUGACGUCAUCGGAAUCGGUGGAGAGAUGUGUGGAGUGGUUGAGGGCUCGCCAACCGAUCGAUGAAACGCACAUCACUGAUAUUGUAAACGCGUUCAGUCUCGCUUCUAAACUGAAACAUAUGUCAUCGAUGUCGACUGCAGUCCACAUCGUCGUCAGCAUGUGCGAUGAAGCCGACACACUGGCGUUUCUGAAGAACAUCUGCAAUCAUUUUGACACCAGAUUCCAUGCAUACUCGAUUGUGCUGCAACUACAAACUUAUAAGCUGAAAAACGAUACCAACAACAACAACAACGAUGGGAAUGAUGGUAAAAUGAGAUUAGUUGCAUGUACGAAAAAACAUGGAGGGUUCCCGGAAGGUGCCGGAAUGUCCCAAGAGGUACUUGAAAUUUUUGACGAGAUUGAAGAGGCUAAGUAUAAUUUGGAUCAAGUGAAGGCGAUACUCAAUGAACAAGUUGGACAACUUAAUAAAGGUUUCAAAAGAGAGCCAGAGAAAGAAAAGUCGACAAAGUUUUCGAAAGAUUUUAGUUUGUCAUCGGCUGAUUGGCUGAGAAAGCACGGAUUAAAAUCGAGAAAAUUGUUAUUUUAUGAUGCUCUGACGGAAGUGGCGUUCAGACACGCGGAUGAGAAAAAUGAAGAAGAUGAUUUUGAUGGGGGGGAUGCUUGUAGAGCUGCCGUGGUUAAGAGACGGCCGGUUUCAGCAAAGUAUUGCGGUAAUUUCGUGCACAUGAAAUGGCAUGACGAUGACGUCGUCCACAUCCACCUAACUGAAGACUUCCACAGGAACUACCUGACCAAGAUGCAGACUGCCCUGCUCGACCUCAAUUCAAGGUUGGAAUGGCUGCAAACCGGAAGUAGGAAAGUAUUCGGAGUUGUAACCGAGAACCGCAUCUACAUACUCGUCGAUGUUUCGAAGCGGAUGAGUUUUCAGGGAAAUUUUUUGAAAGAAAAUUUCAAACUACUACUCCAAGAGCAAAUUAAGCAGAAGCAGAAGUUCAACAUAAUCGGUAUAUCAUCAGCGCCUCAACUCUGGAAAAAGUCGAUGGUUAAAGUUAGCGAAGCGAAUAUCGAGUCGGCGAUAUUUUGGUUUAAAAAUUUGAAAUGUACCGGUUCUUGCAACCUGGCGGAUAGUUUGAGGUACGUCCUGAAGUGCAGCCAAUGUACUGGAAUUUAUUUGCUCCUCUCCGGUCUGGCUGAUCAACCUCCCGCCUUCUUAUUGGAUGAAAUCAGGUCACAAAAACAAUGCCCGCCAAUCAAUACAAUGGCAUUUUGCUGCUCGGAGGGUAAAGUGUUGGAAUUUUUAAAAAGUUUGUCCAACGAAUCGAACGGAAGAUUUCAUACAUUCAGCACUGAUGACUUCAAUGGUGAUGCAUGUUGCGAUGUCUGCGAAAGUGAUGACAUACAUUUGGUGAGGGAUGAAAUCGAACUGGCGGAAAUGACGUUAAUAAAAGUGACGUCACUGAAGAAUGAAUGUUCAAAUGUUCCUAACAACAACCACGCGCAAAGACAGCUGGCGAAUAAUAUCAAACCUCGAUCUAAAUCAGCAACGAUCGUGAGAAGAAAAUACAGUAUUGACGAAAGCAAGCUCGUUCUUAUUGACCCAGAUUUAUUAUCAACGAAGGAAUGGCUGAGCCAUUUUGGAUUGCUGGCCCAAGGACUGACUUUAAAUAACUUUUUGAAAAAUGUUAUUUUGAAUGAUGGUAAUGAUAAAAGAAGUGGCGAGGGUGCUAAAAAGUACCCUGAUGUUGAGGGUUCUAAAAGGUACCAACAAAUUGAUAGCUCCAGAAAUCACCCAAAUUUUGAUAAAAUCUUAAAGCUAUUACUAAAGAUUUUGCCCAAGAAGAUGGCGACAAACCUGGAAAAUAACAUUAACGUUGAGGAGUUGAAGAAUUUGGAUUUUGAAACUUUUGAAACGGGCCUAACGCAGUGCAAAUCGCAAAUAGAAAAACGUCUGGACACGAUGAUUUGGAAUGUUUUAUCGAAUAAGCAGCGCAGAAGAUUCCAAUUCAAACUCUGCUCGUUUCGGCAGCACAAGAGGGAACUGCUGAACAUCUUGGAAGGCGAUGGCUGGCCGGUACGUAGAGAUGAAGUCAACCUGCUGAACGACGAAGCCACCAGGUGCCUCAUACUCAUUGAAAGGAUCGACAAAUUGAAAAAGAAGAAGAAGAAGAAGAAGAAGAAGAAGAAGAAGAAGAAGAAGAAGAAGAAGAAGAAGAAGAAGAAGAAACAAUAA